AUGUUGCAUAACAUGGACAACACUCCUUCAUCACCUGGCAAGUCCAAGAUGGAGAAAAGGACUAGAUGGCAAACUUCCUUACAAAAGCUCACAUUUUGGUCCGUUCUAUCUAUGGCUCUUAUCUAUUUCCUUUUCUUCCGAGCCCCGUCGUCAUUCUCUUCCGACACAUCGCGUAGAUCCUUACGAACCUACAGCUACGGAGGCGCGGCAUGGGAAAAGAAUAUUCGUUCAUCAGCGAGAACCUCUUCCAAAAACGGAGUCUCCGUGCUUGUAACCGGGGCUGGAGGUUUCGUCGGAAGCCAUGUCUCGAUUGCACUCAAACGCCGAGGCGACGGUGUUGUUGGUCUUGAUAAUUUUAAUGACUACUAUGAUCCAUCGUUGAAACGAGGCCGCCAAGCGCUUUUGGCGAAAACAGGCGUGUUCAUCGUCGAAGGCGAUAUCAAUGACGCCGCACUUUUGAAGAAACUUUUCGAGGUUGUUCCGUUUACUCAUGUCAUGCACUUAGCUGCACAAGCUGGUGUGAGAUACGCUAUGCAAAAUCCAGGAUCAUAUGUUCAUAGUAACAUUGCUGGUUUUGUUAAUUUACUCGAAGUUUGUAAAUCGGUUGUACCACAACCCGCUAUAGUUUGGGCCUCUUCAAGUUCAGUUUAUGGUUUAAACACAAAAGUACCGUUCUCAGAAAAAGAUAAGACGGAUCAACCUGCUAGUUUAUACGCUGCUACGAAGAAAGCGGGCGAAGAAAUCGCGCAUACUUAUAAUCAUAUCUAUGGACUUUCACUAACAGGUUUAAGAUUUUUCACAGUUUAUGGACCUUGGGGAAGACCUGAUAUGGCAUACUUUUUUUUCACAAAGGAUAUAUUAAAAGGGAACUCAAUACCGAUUUUCGAAGGGGCGAACCACGGAACCGUUGCAAGGGAUUUUACUUAUAUCGACGACAUUGUGAGGGGAUGCUUAGGUGCAUUGGAUACUGCUGAGAAGAGUACUGGUAGUGGCGGGAAGAAGACCGCACCGGCGCAGUUGAGGGUUUUUAACUUAGGAAAUACCUCGCCCGUUCCAGUUACCGAUCUUGUCAGCAUUCUGGAGAGGCUGUUGAAGGUUAAGGCCAAAAGGAAUGUGAUGAGAAUGCCGCGAAAUGGUGAUGUUCAGUUUACGCAUGCGAAUAUAAGCUACGCGAAGAAAGUGUUCGGCUAUAAACCGACGACCGAUUUAGAAACCGGUUUGAAGAACUUUGUUAAGUGGUAUCUAAAUUAUUAUUCUGCUGAGAAGAAAGCUGAUCAGUGA